AUGAAGCUGAUCCAAUUUUUUGCUGGGUUCCUCAAACAUUAUCCUGUAAGGAUAUCCAAUGUGAGAACAUUUGCUGACUCAACCAUGAAUCUGAGAGAGGGAGACCAAGUGUCGAUUUUCAGAGUGAUAACAAAUGAGGACAUAUUCAAGUUUGCUGAAUUGACAGGUGAUUAUAAUCCAAUACACGUUGAUUCAGCAAAAAACAUCGUACAUGGUGCUUUGCUCAAUGGCCUAGUGUCAGGAAUAAUAGGUACAAAGUUACCCGGUGCAGGCACUAUAGUUAUUGAGCAACAUCUAAUGUUUCCCAGACCAUGUUAUGCUGGUGACUCGGUAGAAGUCACAGUAAAGAUUUUAUCUGUCAGAAAAAUCAUCACAUGUAGUUACUUGUGCAUUGCCAAUGGAAACAAGCUUGUAUUGGAAGGAGAAGCAAAACUUAUGAGGAAAUUGUUAUAA